AUGGAAACUUCGUAUCUGCUGAUAGAGGAGAAGAAAGUCUAGAGAAAGAUGCACGAAGAGGAUGACAGCGCUCCCAAUCCCAACAGGAAUUCUCGGAUCCUGGCGACCAAGUCUCUAGAUGUGCCCGACAGUGAUGGCACGAAGGAGGAGGCUCCCAAAUUAUGUGGCUACUUGAAUAAACUGCACGGGAAAGGGCCCCUGAGAGGGUUUAAAACGCGCUGGUUUGUGUACGACCCGAGGAAAUGUUACUUGUAUUUUUUUAAGACUCCCCAAGACGCCCUGCCGCUGGGACACAUUGAGAUAGCGGACGCAUGCUUCAGCUAUGAUGUGGAGGCAGAAGAGGGAGUCUUUGAGAUCCACACCGACGGCAAAGAGUUCCUGCUCAAGGCGCCCAACAGGCAGGUGAUGCAUUACUGGUUGCAGCAGUUGCAGCAGAAACGCUGGGAGUUCUGUAACAUGCCUGGCCAUCGAGACAGCCGCUGCUCUCCCACCCUGUUUUAUCCACAUAUGGGUCUGGUGGCCAGAGAUGCAGAAGCAACACUCUUUGAGAAGCCCAAUGAGAGCAUGGAAAGUGUUCGGAGUGACUUUGCUGUUGAGAUGGACUGUGAUGGACUGGUCGGGGUUCAGUCUGGACGUAGCCCUGUUGUUCAGCCCACUGCAGCGCUCAAUUCCCUCAGACACUGGGGCUCUGAGAUCAGAAAUAGUAUGUCCCACUUGCGGCCUGGCCGAUUAGGAGAGAACCGACGCAGUGUGUUUUACACACCCAGCAAUGAGGACUGGGAGAUGGUGGACCCUCUAAAUAGAGACACUCCAGAGCACAAACCCCCACCUGAAGGCCAGCGCAGAGAGAGCCCAUCACACUCUCAGAGAUACUCCAUUGGCUCAGCAUUUACAUUUGAUAUCCGCCCCUCACGAAUGAAGCGGCCCUUUCACAUGGGCUCUGGGAAAGCCGCCCGCAGCACAGAGAGCUUGUCUGUGGAAUGUAACGGAACCAAGACCUCCGAACUGCAGAUGCGCAUUCAGAGCCAACAGGAGAUGAUCAACCACUUGCAGGAGCAAGAGAACCAGCUUCGGGAGGACCUUGCCAGUCAGAAGGAGUUGGUUCGUCUCCUCCAGCAAACACUACGUAGCUCCCAAUGCGACUGGCGAUCCGCAGGACCUCGGAGUAGCGUGGGGCCCCACAACCAAAACCAGGAUGAGACUGAAGCAGGCAAAGCCCUGGCAGAACGAGACAACCAAAUCAAGGAACUUUGUGGCCACAUGGAGAGGCUAGCCUUGGAGAAAGAGAGUCUUCAGAAGGAGUUAAAGGCUUUGAAGAUCAAAGUUGGUGAGAUAAACGACCAGCUGGGAAUGCUCAUGGAGACCAUUCAGGCCAAGGAUGAAGUCAUCAUAAAACUCUCCCAGGAAACCAAUGAAGGAGGAACACAAUCAGCUGAAUGCAGCUCACCUACUGCCAACAGGGAGCAACAAGAGCUGGACACCCUGAAGGACAGUCUUCAGGGCUACAAAUCCCAAAAUAACUUCCUGAACAAAGAAAUCCUGGAGCUGACUGUCUUGCGAAGAAAUGCUGAAGCAAGAGAGAAGGCACUUGAGGCAAAGUACACCAGUUUGGAGGCCAAGCUUUGUCAGGUGGAGAGUAAGUACCUGGUUCUUCUUCAGGAGGUAAAGACUCCCGUGUGCUCCUUCUCGGAGCAAACCCAUAGCGGAGAGUUCAUCACUCGUCUGUUAGAAGAUGCACUAGAGGUGGAGAGCACAGACCAGCAGGAGCAUCCAAUACUCAAACCAAACGCUGUCAGCGAGUAUGACGUGCAUGGCUUCAAGACCGUGCCAGAAGAGGAGGAUGAGGAGGAAAAACUUGAAGCCAAAAAGAGAGCGCUGGACCUGAAGUCCCUUUCCCUAAAAGACCAGGAGACAUCAGUCAGAGUAAAAUGGGACAACUACCUGGCCAUCACCAUGAACAGAGAUAUGGUUCGAUCUCCAGAGCUGAAGGUGCUGAUGCGAAGUGGGGUGCCCCAUAACCACCGCUCCAAAGUGUGGAGUUGGUGUGUGAACUUCCACGUGAAAAAGAUCCGUGACAGUCAGCCGAAAGACUAUUACCAGAACCUUCUGUGCAUGGCAAGUGAUAAACCCAACCCAGCCUGCAAACAGAUUGAGCUAGAUCUCUUGCGGACACUUCCCAACAACAAGCACUAUGCCUCUCCUGACUCUGAAGGCAUUCAGAAACUCAGGAAUGUGCUGCUGGCUUUCUCCUGGAGGAAUCCAGAUAUCGGCUACUGCCAAGGCCUGAACAGGCUGGCAGCCAUUGCUCUUUUGUAUUUGGAUCAAGAGGACGCUUUCUGGUGUCUCGUUGCCAUUGUGGAGGUUUUCAUGCCACGUGACUAUUACACCAAAACGCUGCUUGGUUCACAGGUAGAUCAGCGUGUGUUUAAGGACCUGAUGAACGAGAAGUUGCCAAGGCUUCACGCUCAUUUUGAGCACUAUAAAGUGGACUUCUCUCUCAUUACCUUCAACUGGUUCCUGGUUGUGUUUGUGGACAGUGUGGUCAGUGACAUUCUCUUCAAGAUCUGGGAUUCUUUUCUCUAUGAGGGUCCCAAGAUAAUGUUCCGAUUUGCUCUUUCGCUCUUCAAGUACAAAGAAGAGGAAUUUCUUAAGCUCCAGGAUCCCAUGUCCAUUUUCAAAUACCUUCGCUACUUCACACGUACAAUCUUGGAUGCAAGAAAGUUGAUGAGCAUCGCCUUUGUGGACAUGAACCCGUUCCCACUGAGACAGAUCCAGAAUCGCCGCACAUUCCACCUUGAGAAGGUCCGCCUGGAGCUCACCGAGCUGGAAGCCAUCCGCCAAACCUUCCUGCGGGAGAGAGACACCACCCUGGAUGGCCGCACGCUCAUUAGUGAUGAUGAGGAGGACAGCUGAAGCACAGCCAGUAAGGGACCAGACCUGCACAGCUGAUUUACCAAUCAGAAAGUGGAUUAAACAUUUCAAAGUUCUUUUGUAUUUCAGGUUUUAUUGAAACCCUACUUCUAGGUAUCAAACUGUGACUUUCAGGGACCAAAGGACAGUAUUCCUGUUGCCUUUCCUUUUUCAUUGUCUUGUAUUCCUUGAAUAAUCCAUCCAUUUGUACAUAUUGAUGUUAACCAAAAUCAGUAUUAAAUGAACUCAAGUGCUUUGCAUUUAGGGAGUAAUGAUUAUGCGGUGUGGAUUGGAAAAAUGAUUCAAAACUUUGGUACACUUACAUUAUGCUGGACAUAGUAUAGGGAUGAACAGUCCUGAACAUUUUUGUUUUCUCUCACACUUCUUAAAACGUACAACUCUUGUUUUUUUUACGUACAAUCAGUAAUUGUCAUAUCCAUAAAUGCGUAUUAAACAUAAUUUUCUUGUUUAAUAGAAUAAUGUGAUAUCAAACUUGUACAUGUUUUGCAUAUUUCAAGUUUACGAGGCCUGCCCUCUUUCUGUACAUUCAGUACUUUUUUCCACAUUUUGAAACACUUAGAUCACUUUAGUAGUCAUUUAGACACAAUUUCUCCUAUCAGGGAAUUUCAAAGUGCAUGAUUGUAAAUAAUGCUUGGGCAAUCCUUGGCAAAACUUAACGAAUGUUGCAGGCUAACACAGACAUGAACAUGUCACAAGACUGAUCUCUCUACCAAUCUGAUUACGUCCUUCCUGUCUGUUCUUUGGACAUGAUUACCACACUGCCAUUUUGCAGAAUGAAACUUCAACAGGUUUCACAAGCAUCAUGUCUUUUGUAUUGCUGUUUUACGAGCACAAUUUUCUGUCUUUAUAGGUGUCUUACCAGGUACCUUUUUAUUGUUUUUAAAUGCAUUUUGUGUAUUACAGGUAUAGUUCCUGUAGUUUUUACUCUCUGCUUCAAACUUGAAUAUUCUACCAACAAACCUGUUUAUGAUUUACUAAAGUACACAAUAUAACACCAUAACACUGAAGCUGCUCAAAAUCAACAUAAAAAUGUGCAUGAAAAUGAGGGUUGUUUUUAUGUUUUAUGUCUUGGAAUUCACCUAAUUCUGAAAAUGGAAUAAGAAUUGAAGGGCCUGUUUGAUGAGGGAUUGUCUAAUUGUGGAUUAAUUGCACAUUUCUCAAUUGUCUCUGUUGUACCAUUGUACUUUUUAUCAUUUCAAAGACCCAUCAAUUCUUGGAAAAGCUGUACUCCCAUUCUUUUUUUCAUUUGUCCUAUCGGAAGCAUCCACGUUUGCUUCACAGUUUCAUUUUUGCAGUUAAUUCUCAUUUAUGCAUUCUCAUUAAUAUACCUUUGCAUGAAUUUCCAUUAUACAUUAUGAGACUUGUUAGACUCAGCUUGACAAUGAGCAUCAAUCUAAAACUAUGGCAGUCUUUGGAUUUUCUGUGUGAGCUGGUUUCUCAAGAUGCUGUUUUCUGUGUAGGAUAUAAAUGUUAUCACCCUCAUUAAACAUUAAGAAUAUGUUUAGUGAAGCUUUGCUUUGAAAUUAAUUUCUAAUUUUUUUUGCAAUAUGUGGUAGUCUCGAACUUGUGGUAGUCUCGAACUUGGACUUGAAUGUUAAUUUCCAUAUUUCCAUUGUUCUGGCCAAAUCAUAAAAUCUUCAUUCAUAGCAUCUCUAUUUUACCCAUCAACGAUGUUUGUGUGAUAGCAAAGAAUUUUCUUAUACCUUCAGUGAGUAAGCUAUGAUUUCAAACCGUCUUUGUUGCUGUUGCUCGAUGCAAUGCUUUGCACAUGUAUUUACAUGCAUCUGUAAAGCAUUUAUGCUGUACACAAAUUAUUUGUUUUUAUGUUGAAUUCUUACAAAGUUACUGAAAUAUAUCUUUCUUUUAUCAUUUUAUAAUCUUCCAGUUCUGUUGUGUUUAAUAAAGCGUGAUUA